AGCUCUUAAUAACCGCCUGCAGAACUCACCCGCACCCUUCUUUCAUAUCUAAUUACAUUACAGCACCUAAGAACCAGAAUUUCCCAUAAUACUGAGAUUUCAUAUAGAUUCGGGCGAGUCUAAUAUUAGUUCGCCCUCGAGGAUCAGCUGAUGGCGGGCUGGGUGUCACGUGGUGUAUUUUGUGGUUCUGUUAAUGAGGCUAAUGGGACACAUAGACGCCCUCAUUCCUAACCAUUUGCGAGGCCUGGAGAGAGUGGUGUGGGUGUGUUAGUUGCUUGGUGAUGGGUGGCGUGGGCAAGGAAAGAAUUAUUGAGUGAGUUAUACAGAGGGAGGCACAAGGAGGACCUGGUAGUAACUGGUUGUGGCUGGUGACUUCUGUGUGUGUUGCUAGGAGCCUCCAGUCCUUCUCUUACCGUAACAGUUGCUGUUCUUCGUUCUGCUCAGCUCUGCACGUCUGCUCUCCGCGCCGUGCCUGAGCAAGAUGUCAACCAACAAUACAAUACUGCGGGUGGCCACCUACAUGUGUCCAGGGAUGCCUGUGGAAUACUAUGAGUUCCUAGCAGAGUACUUGGAGCAUGAGCUUGGCAUUCGCACUGAGCUGCUGUACAGUUCACGCAGCAAAGGCCCAAACAUCACCCGGGGAGACCAGGACCGUGUUGACCUGGCGUUCGUGUCCACAGUGGCCUACCUGGAGGAGUACAGGUCCAGCAGCUGCCCCUUCCAUCUGCUGCCUGUUGGGGCAGUGACAGUGCAUCCCACCAAGGGUAGCCUGCUGGGCUACUACUCAGACAUUGUGGUGCAUCGGGAUGUUAAGGAUAGAGUGAAGGAGUUUUAUGAUAUCCGAGGCUGCAAGUUUGUCCAUGCAAGAGAGAAUUCCUUAGCCAGCAACAGAUUGGUCUUGCGCAUGCUGAAGCAGAUGGGAGAGGAUGCCUCAUUCUUCUCAGAUAUACAAGCCUCAGGAGACCACAUGAGUUCAAUUGAAAUGGUGGUGUCCAAGAAAGCCGAGGUAGCAGUGGUGGAUUCCCUGUCCCUGUCCAAUUACCUGACCCGCCACUACUACCAGCAGCCGGAGCUACAUCUGCAGGUGUCUUGGGGUCCUCUGCCACCCCACCCCAUUAUUUUCAACACUAAACUACCAGCUGACCUGGUAAAGAGGAUAGAGGAGUCCUUGUUGAGUCUGCAGAAGAAGCCUGGCUGGAAGGAGAGGCUGGAAAACUUCAGUAUUACGGGUUUCCACAAGACAUCUUUUGACAAUUACCUUGAGGCAAUAGACAUUCUAGAAGCCACUCAGUCACUUAGCUUUGGGAUCACUUAUUACUAAUACUUUCCUUCAGUAGUUCAGACCUUUGUUGAGUUUGGCCUAUCAAUUUGUAAUGUAUACCAGGAAUUUGUAAUGUGUAUACCAAUUAGCAUUUCACUGACUUGAGAUUCUUCACUGUGGUAUUUUCACUGUAAAUAAACUGCAUCUGUAUUAUUUUUUUUUCAAGGUGGUUGCCAGGUAGAUUUGUUAUUGUUGUGUGAUUUCUGGUGGCUUGUGACAUGUAUUGAAUGGACAGGUAGGUAGAUGAUAUCAAUUGAUUGAUUUAAGACAAAGCAACAACAGAGUCCAUUUGGUGUACACAUGAGAAGCUGAAAACAGGGAGCACAGCAAGGGGCAGAUGGGGAUUUGUUUGAUCUCCCUUGCAUUUUGACAACAUAAGGCAGAAUUACCUCUCAAAAGUCUUUGCUUUUCUGAAAAACUUCAUUAUUUGGUCUGUAGUUUACUACAGCUUAUGUCACUUCUCUACUUUCUGAAAAGAAAGUUAUUUGGAGUCCUUGAGUUGGAUCAGUGUUCCCCAAUGUAUUACUUUUAUGAUUAACUUCAGUGUAGUGGCAUUCCAAGACUCUGUUGUUGCAAUGUUAAAUCCAAAUCGGUUCAUUGUGGUGAUAUAUGAGCGUGGCUGGGAUGGUUGGUAUGUGCAUGAUUCCAAGAAAUAUGGGUAGAAUUUAAGAAUUGUAAUGGUGAAUAUGACAGAAGGUAAUGACUGUAUUUUUGUAUAAGUGGUAGCCCCCUCAGAGCCUCUAGAUGAGAGUGUGUGUGUGUGCAUGAGUGCACAAGAAUGCAUUGCCUUGGCUGUUUUUCUGUUGAUAUCAGUGUGGCAUGUAGUAAGGUCUUUCAAGUUCGGAUCAAAGCAAAAGUGGGAGAAUGUUAGAGAGUGAAUGUUGAGACCCAGUGAAAGUGACAGCACAAAGUCUGCCCUGUGGUAAUCACCUUUAAUGACUGCAAUAGUAGACAUAGCCAGGGGAAAAUGAAAGGGUUUAAAACAAUAUACAUCAUGAGUAUCCAUAUUUAUAAAAUGUUGAUGGGUUGUAACAAACACAAAGGUGAACGAAUCUGCCAAUGUUAAACUGCUACCAAGUGUAUGUAGGUUGCAGCAGGCUGAUCAGAGGCUCCUUGAUGGAAGAACAUUGUACCUUCCGCUUAUUAUUUAGGAAUCUUGAACAUAGUGUAUGAAGCAUGUUUAAGGUUGCACUGAGAUUUUGUACUGUAUGACCAUGUUAAUCAAUCCCACUUUCAUUAUUCAUAAUGUGAGAUGCUCGUAUAUUGCUCUGAUGCAGUGUGCAGAAGGAAAGCAGGAGUAUUGUGAUGCAGUGUGUGUAACAGGCAGACAAUCAUCAGUGAUCAAGCAAUUUUUGUCAUACUACUUGCUGUGCACCAGUUUUCUCAUCUGACACCAGAAAUUGUCCUCUAUUUUUGUAAUAUGCUUGCUUCUUACAUCUCAGAUUUGUCUACAAUAUUUACAAUAAUUUGUAACCAGUAUACUGUUUACCAUAUUAGCAAUUUUAUUGCAUGCAGUGCUAUUUAUGCACUUUUGUUGGUUGGCACAAAGCAUAAUGCAUCACUACAUUCAUAUAUAGUAAACUUGCAGCUCGUAUGAAGAUGAUUUAAGUAAAACAUUAUCAGUGGUGUGCAGGAAGAUGUCGGUCGAAACUUAAAUUAACAAAAUUACAUGAAUGAGUUAGGGAAGCAUAUGUUCAAACCUCAAAUUCCCCUAAUAUGAGCAUGCCUAUGUAACAUCCUCAGUAACAGUCACUUACAGGCUUGGUGCUAAAAACCCUUAAAACCAAGAUUAAGUUUUUCUAUGAAAAAGAUGUAAUAAAAUGCUGAUUGCAUUGCUUAUCAUUACUUAGUUAGGAAUGCAUUUUCAAGUAAAUGUCAGUGGUGUAUGAACUAACCAGCAUGUCAGAUUGUUUUUGUAUGAUUCUAUGAUGAUUAUUGCCCAAAAUGUUUUUUACACAACCUGUAAUUGUAAAACACUUUGUAAAACACUGUAUUAAUUGGAAUGACAUUCUUACUGCACUACACUGUGCAGGAUAAUUGAAAUAUGAUGUCAUUGUCUCUCACACUCAACCAAGGGCAGCUCUUUCUCAAUGGAAAGUUUCUGCAAAAGAUAUAAAUUGCUGAUAACAUCAAAGCUGAAUGAAUUUACAAGAAAACUAAAAUGAACAAUCACAACUAUAUUUAUCCUGAGUGUAUUGCAUUAGGCAUUCUUGUGACUUUAACUUAUCUGUAAGGUAAGUCAUGGCUGUACAAUGCAUCACAAUAUCACUGGCCUAAUACUCUGAAUGCAUCAUAGGAGGGAAGGUCUGCUUGUAAAUUGACAGCCUGGACUUGUAUUCUAACCCUCCAGUAUGAGAUAUGUAUAUGAUCCUGCAAUGUGCAGCUUGUACAUAACUUGGCAGUAAGUUUAUGUAACUUAGAAACUUUAUAUGCAAAUCUUUUGGAUUAUAAUAAAUUAUAAACUUGC